GCUGGCACGAGGAUAGCGUAAUCCUGUCUUUAUACAGAAAGCUGAUGAACGGAUUUGUUCUGAUAGUCAUAAUCGCAUGAGCUAUAUGCUAUAUUCACAGCUCAAUAUUUUACCCUCAGCAGAGUUUACAGCGGUUGAAGAAAUAUCGUGCUAUAGAGCAAAAAUCCAGAAAAACUAAGCUAAAGGCUACCGAAAAGGCAAUUAAGAAAAAUACUGUCAACAAACUAAACUCUGAGAAGAGCUCUGGCGGGGCUGUAGCAAGUCCUAAGAAUGAGACUGAUAGUACCAGUAAGGUACUUAAAGCCCAUGAUAAAUAAUUUGCAAACAUUAAUAUUUAAAGCUCAAUAAUCUUCUUUACUUUUUCA